UUGUUAUUCUAACCUCAAUCAUUUAGGUAGCAUGUAUGUCUUAAUUUGAAUUUAAUAAGAAUAUUUUUAUAAACAAGUUAAGUGUUAUUCUCCCUUAUAUUAUUCUGAGAUUAUACCAAAAUGGGGAAAACAAGAGAUUAUUUAAGGUUUGGUCCUGCUGGAAAUUUUAAUAUCAUCGCUAGUGGGGAAAGUAAUGUAGCUUUUGUUACAUUGGAUGGUUGUGAAGGAAGAUUUGUGGCAGUUGCUGCUUGUGAAAAUGUUAUUAUUUGGGAUAUGAGAACUGGUGCAAAAGCCCAAGUAUUGAAUGGAGAGAAAUCUGCUGUAACAGCAAUUUGUGCGAGCCCAAAUAAGAAACAUUUGGCAGUGGGUUAUUCUGAUGGACUCCUUAAUAUAUUUGACCUGAAGACUGGAGAUUUGUUGAAUCAAUAUAAAGGUCACAGUUCCGCUGUUACUUGCCUCGCUUAUAGUUCCGGUGAAGGUUUUUAUUUGGCAUCAGGUUCUAAGGACACUGAUGUUGUCGUUUGGGAUAUAUUACAAGAGAAUGGGUUAUGUCGACUUACUGGUCACACUGGUGUUAUUACAAAGCUAGUUUUCAUGACUCAAAAAAAUGUAUUAAUAACAGCAUCUAAAGAUACUCAUGUGAAAUUUUGGGACUUGGAUUUGAAACAUUGUUUCAAGACUUUAGUUGGUUUGGGCUCAGAGGUUUGGUCUAUUGUUUUAAUGAACGAAGACCAAUAUAUGGUGACAGCAACAUCUGACAAGAUAUUAGGUAUUUGGAGAUUAGAUAUUAAAGAUGUUAAGGAGGAACUUGAUCCGAAAAAUGCUGAUAAUCUUGAAACACAUGAAGAUGAUGACUUGAUGUAUCCAUUCCAAUGUUCAAAAGUUGGCACUAUAACCAGAUCAGGAACAGGUAGAGUUGUGGUCAUGUGCGCAGACAUGGGAGGUCAGAUAUUUGCCUGUCAUGGUAAAAAUGGCAUUAUAGAAAUGUUCCAAUUCCGAUCAGAUGAAGAAGCUGAAGCAAAACUGAAAAAGCGUGUGAAGAGAUUGAAAAAGAAAGAAAAAACCGAUGAAGAAGAAACGAAGACUGAAUUAUCGGAAAAAGACUUACAACUGUCCGUACUCGACUUGGUGAAUCCUCUCAAAAAAAUUAAACUCUCCGACAGACCGAAAUCCUUAGAUGUAAUUUUGGGAGGCGGAAGUGAAGUUCGUGUAGCUGUUUGCCUGAGUAGUAAUGAAUUGGAGUUGCAUUCUCUAAAUUUUUCAGUUCCAGCCAAUGAACCAAAGCUCCUCAAAAAUAUAUCGUACAUGCAAGGUCAUCAGAGUGAGGUUAGAGCAGUAGCAUUCAGCAGUGACAACUUUCUGAUGGCUUCUGGAAGCGGUGAAUCUGUUAAAUUUUGGAACAGACCCACUCAAGCUCUCGUUAAGACAAUCGAAACAAGCUCUAUUUUAUCAUUGGUGUUUGCUCCCGGUGAUAAAUAUGUAUUGGCAGGGACCAAGGAGGGAAAACUUCUUAUAAUCGAUAUCGCAAGUAGCGAGAUAUUGGAGGAAAUUCCUGCACAUACUGCUGAAUUGUGGUCUGUCAUUUUGACUUCUGACAUGAGAGGAGUUGUUACCGGUGGCGGAGAUAAAACAGUUAAAUUUUGGCAGUUUGAAUUGAUCACGGACAAGAAUAACAGUGACAAUAGGGGUAGAGUUCUCUCAGUUAUACACACCAGAACGCUCAACUUGGAAGACAGCGUCUUGUGUGUCAGAGUGUCCCAAAAUGGAAAAUUCCUAGCAGUAGCUUUGUUGGAUACAACAGUCAAAAUAUUUUUCGUCGACAGUUUCAAGCUCUCUGUGAUGCUUUACGGUCACAAGUUACCUGUUUUGACAAUGGAUAUAUCGUCGGACUCCGAAAUUAUUGCCACUGGUUCUGCAGAUCGUAAUGUUAAAAUUUGGAGCAUGAUUCACGGUGACUGUCAAAAGAACAUAUUUGCCCAUGACGAUUCCAUAAGUGGUUUGCAGUUCGUGCCAGGAACACAUAUGUUCUUCACAUGCGGGAAGGAUGGUAAAAUUAAGCAGUGGGAUGGAGACUCGUUCGUGAAAAUUCUAACACUAAAUGGUCAUAUAGGAGAAGCUUACGGUUUGGCCGUAAGUCCAAAUGGAAAGUUCAUAGUGUCUUGCGGAUCCGAUAGAGUUUUAAGGCUUUAUGAAAAGACCGAAGAAAUACUGGAAAUAGGAGAUGAGGCAGAAAUGGAGAGAGAGGAACAAGAACCACUAGCAACAGGCAAAUUUACACAUGUACCUGGACGCGGAGAAGUCAGCUUGCCAUCGAAAAAGACAGUCAACAGUGAACAAGGGGCGUCUAAUAUUUUGGAGGCAUUAGAAGUAUGCGAAGAAUUCAAAUUGUCAGAAAAGACCACAUUACCUCCAAUAAUGAUGGCGUAUCAAGUAGAAACGAUAGAAGAAUACUUGAUAAAAGUUUUGACAAGUAUAAAGACAAGUGAUCUAGAACAGGCCCUGUUACUACUUCCGUACGAUUCUGUAUGCAAAUUGAUGAAAUAUUGCCCCGAUUUACUUGAAAAAUAUGAUGAUUAUUUUUACCUCGAUGUUUUAAUGAACACGUUCGGGUUUUUGCUGAAAAUGCAUUACUCUACCAUCAUGCAGACCCACGAUCUUUACGAGACUUUAGAAAAAUUCACUAAAAUAAGUUUUGCAAAAUCGAAAGAAUACGAGAAUCUGGUUGGAGGGAAUUUUUAUUUUUAUAAAUAUCUAGGUGACAAGUUGAAACCAAAAAGAGGAGAGAAAAGAAAAUUCAGUGUUAUGGUUAUGAGUAGCUGAGUUAUUAAAUUUUUUUGUACUUGUGUAUAAAUUGAUGUAAAUAAAUUUUAUGUUGAAU